AGAAUACAAAACCGCCAAAACGGCGUCUACCGACCACCAACAACAGCAGGUCCCCGCCGUUCGCGGGGGCGCAGCGCCAGCGGCACCUAAGUCGCCGAAUCAAACACCAUCCUCCCCGACAACAGCAUCCUCUCCUCGCGGAAUGGCUGGCUUAACCCGCCCCAUUAUGCAGUCCAUGCCGGACACGCGCCAGCAAUCCUUCGAGGAAAUUUACGGUCCGCCCGAGAACUUUCUCGAGAUUGAGGUCCGUAACCCGCGAACGCACGGUACGUCACGUAACAUGUACACGGACUAUGAGAUUCUAUGCCGGACCAACAUCCCCGCCUUUAAGUUACGGCAGUCAUCGGUGCGCCGGCGUUACAGCGACUUCGAGUAUUUCCGUGAUAUCCUUGAACGAGAGAGCGCUCGCGUUACUAUCCCUCCGCUCCCCGGCAAGGUCUUCACCAAUCGAUUCUCCGACGACGUUAUCGAGGGCCGUCGCGCUGGGCUUGAGAAGUUCCUUAAGAUUGUCGUUGGACACCCUCUACUCCAGACUGGCAGCAAGGUCCUAGCCGCGUUCGUGCAAGACCCUAACUGGGAUCGCAACGCCUGGUGACUGCGCCUCUUCGACUCGUUGACUAGCAACGGACCACAAGUUCCUAGUGGCCGUCGUACACCUCGAAAGCUCCAGAAACGACCGCCGAGACAGCUUACGGAGACAAAUCUACAAGGAGCAGCGUCGAAACGUAGCAGCUGGGAGACUGGAACGACAUUACGAUUAUAAUGAAGAAAGGAAAUUAUUGGGUAGUAACAUAUGCUGCUAUUCUGAGCUCCUUAGGAGGAAACAAGACAGACUCGAGGCUAGGGGAGGUACGAUUGCCAACCGAUUGA